UGAGUGGAAAGUUAUAAGGGGUAAGUUAUAAGGGGUUCACUUUAUAGCCAUCAGAUUAAUCCAAGGGCUGGGGAGAAUUGAGUUAAAGUUUCACAAUUGGGUAGGUAAGGAACCCAAACCCGAAUUGAAUAUCCAGCACGUCCAAAAAGAAGAAGAAGAGGGAAACACGUCCGAAAAAGAAGAAGAAGAGGCAAGUUCGAAGUUUGAACAGAAAGAACUCAUCUCUCUAAAACACAGAGGUCUGAGAUACCCAAUGAAGGCAACGGCUAACGACAGUUGAAGGCAACGAUUCGCCACUCCGUUCUCCAGACCCCGAGAAAGUAUUUAUUUGGAGUAGAAGGGGCAAAGGUGUGGAUUCCAAAUCAGUGAAGAGGCGAAGCAGUGGAAGGGGAAGGGGAGAAGCUGUAUUCGUUGGAAGUGGUAGGUUCCAUUUGUGGAGCAAAGAAACAGAAAGACCCCACACAGACACCUUGCAAUAACCAGCAUUUGGAAAUGGGAUCCAACGUGGAGCUGGUAUGGCCAGAGGCAGAGGUAUAUUCGUCACGGGUGAACAACUGCUCACAUGCAAAUUCAUCUCUAGCUGCAAUUCGAGCGAAGUUGAGUGCGGAACAAUUAGAACAAUUCAAGACAUCAUGCUUUGGCCAUCUUCUGAAUAUAGAUAAGAUUCAGUUUAGCGGACAGAUUGUGCAUGGGGUUGUGUUGCGUAGAGUAGCGGGGCAGGGUGUGAAAGACUUGGAUGGACUGAGUUUCUUAUUAGGGUGUGACGUUGCUCAGUUCACUCGUCAGGAUUUCUGUUUGAUCACAGGGCUUCGUUUUGGGGAAGUGCCUGAAGUUUCCAGUGGAGAGAGUAAUGAAAUCAGACUUCAGAAAAGAUAUUUUAUAGACGAAGGAAUUACAUGCAAUGCUUUAGAAGAAGCAUUUGUGAGGUGCACAGAGGAAGAUGACAUCUACAAGCUAGCUCUUGUUUACUUUGCUGAGUUAGUGGUUUUGGGAAGGGACAAACAUUUGAACAUCAAUCUAAAUUACCUGACCCUUGUAGAGGACUUGGAUGCGUUCAACAGGUAUCCGUGGGGUUCGGUGUCCUUUGACAAAACCCAAGACAGUCUAUUUUCUGUACCAACAAAGUAUGUGAAAAGCUUGGAAAAUGAAGAGGGAAGAGGGAAGGGGAAAAGUAAGGUAACGGGAACAAGCCGGAGAAAUGAGAAGGGCAAGAAGGAUAAGCAUGGUGAAGCGCAAAGGAGUGGCUGGAGUUUUAAAGGUUUCACGUAUGCUUUCCAGAUUUGGGUAUAUGAAUUAAUUCCUAGAAUGGCGGACCUGAAUUACUGCAAGGUUGUUGAUCCGACCGCUGUCCCGCGUAUUUUGCGAUGGAGAACUACUACGUCUGUUCCAGAGAUGAGAAAGUUGAACAAUUAUUUUUUCCAGAGCAAAGAGGUUUGGUUUGCAGCCCUUGGAACUAUUGAUAAGAUUGAAUGAAAUUAUGAAGUAGAAUGAUUUAAUAUGACUCU